GAAUAUACUCUUGAAUCAAGCUUAUCAAGUACGUUUGUCCCAAUUUACUUUAUUAAAAGUAUCUUUAGAUUCGUUUUUCUUUUCUUCCUUAACUUUAGAUUUGUUUGCAAAUGGCGAAUAGUCUAUGAUGAAAAUGCUGGCUUGGCUUCACAAUAAAACUAAUGAAUCUGCUUUCUUGUUUUCAGAACGGGGAAUGUCAAUGACACAGUAAUCUACAAAUCUACUCUUCAGAGUAACUAACUCCUUUAACAAUGUUCAAAAGCUUGGCAACGAUUCUGGAGCUUAUAUCAUCAAUACCAAAUCUUUACAAUCAGUAUGGAAAGCUGAAGAUUGUAACAUGCAUUCCAUAACCCAAAAAGGGAUCUCGACCUCCGCAUGUAGCGAUAACACUCUCUUCUUCUAAUUCUUUUUUGUAACUUAAAAGUGCAUUUUGUCAUAAGCUGCAUUUUGUCAUUAGAGACGAGAGUUGGAACUUAAAAGUGCGAGAACAAUAUGGAAAUGAAAAAUAUAGAAAUUAAGUAAAGUCUUUGGCUUCGACUCAUAACCGUCCAAACUGACAAAUUAAAUGAAAGGAAAAAAAAGAUAAGAAAAAAAAUGAGUAUAACUUUCAUUUAAAUGAAUAUAGAUUUUUUAUGAACAAAGUUUUAUAAUGAUGAUUGACAAAUAAAUUUAAAAAACUUAAUAUUAAUAAAAAAAUAUAUAUAAAAAAAAUAAACGUAAAUUUAUAAAUACAUAAUUGUUAUUGAAAUGAUAAUUUAAUUUCUUAAAUAAUAAGAAUAAUUUUUUCAUUGCUCCUCAUUAAUUUUGGUGAAGAGAUCUAUGUUUUAUUUAGAAGAAUUAAAUUUGGAAGAAUGAAGAGGAAACAAUAUGGUUUACAAAGAAAAAAGAAGAGGAAACAAUGUCUGGAUAUUAAAAUUAUAUUUCUCCUCUAAUAUACUUUCUCUUAUUUUUUUCUUCUAAAUAUGUUACCAAUUGAAGCGUUUAUGAUACAACGUAAAAACAAGAAUAAGAAAUAAGAUCAAACGGGAGACGUUUUUAUGUUUCAUUUUGGGAAAUGAUAUGUAAAAGUAAAACAAAUAUUUAUAUGUUUAUCUAACUCUUCCUUUUUUGACAUAUAUGUUUACUAACUAUACUCUACUAGUAAGAGUAUAUAUGUAACUAUACGUUUUUAUGUUUAUGUUUAUCUAACUCUUCCGCGCGCAGAACAAUGAAAAUUUGUGUGUCCCCUCUUAUGGUAAAUUGGAUUUGCGUGUUUUUUAAUUCUUUCCGAGAACAUAAUGGCUGUAGAUAUUUAGAACUUUUCUAAAGUAGUGAUAUCUUAUGAACCUAGAAAAUAUUUCUAUGGUAUUUUCUAAAGUAUGUUAGAGUACUAAUCUUAGCAUAAGUGAUAAGUCCUAAGAAUACGGAAAAGAAAAAGACGAACAGAACGGUGGCUAACUCCACUACUACAUUGCUAACGCUAACUAAUGAUACGAUUCUUUAUAAUCAAGAAUCAUAUAUGUUUGUAGUUGAUGUCACCUACUCCAAUAAAAAUAAUUAAACUAAUUUGUUUCCUCUAUAACGAAAGCAAAUUGCCACUACACCAAUAUCUAAAUCUGGAUCUGUGUCGAUGUUUUGUAUGGUUGGAUGCGAGUAGAACUAUCAACUAUUGUGUGCUUCGUGAAUUAAUAUUAAAUAAAGUUGGUAUAAAUAACAAAACUCUAUACAAAUGUAUGGAUCACUUAUAUGGAACAGUUUGUUCCCACUCAAUCACUUUGUUUUCUCGGAUCCCUUCCCACCAAAAACACAAGCAAAACAACAAAGACUCUCUCUCUCCGUUAUCGUAUAUUCUAUAUAUUAUCGACAGUGCAAUCUAUUUUCACUGUCUUCGAUAUUCCUCACUCUUUCAUGGCCCCUCUUCCUUUCUUGCCGGCCCAAACCAAGUCGCAAACGCGUUUAUCUUCAGACUCAAAGAAGAAGAACGGAAACAAGAAAACGUCUACCCAGCCUCCUCAGACGCAAACCCUAAAGCAAACACAAAAGCUGAAGCAGAAGACGGUAUCAUCAUCGUCAUCGUCUUCAUGGAGCCAGAUAAAGAACCUCCUAAGUUGCAAACAAAUCGAAGGUCCACGAGUGCAUGACCCAUCAAAGAUUACGUUAUCAUCUUGUGGCUCUUCUUUGUGUAAGUUCAGUGAUGUUAUUUAUGGGAAUGCCCGCGUGAUUCACCGCUCAGAUCACUCGCCGGAAAGUAGCAACCUUGGUCAAGAUGGUGGGUUGUUGAUCCGAAAACCGGCCAGUCGUGGAUCUUCUUCUACAGUUAGAUCUAACGGAUGUGGUGCUUACACAUCAUCAUCCAAAGCUAUGCACUUCAGAAAACUCUCAGGUUGCUAUGAGUGUCACAUGAUUGUUGAUCCCAGCAGGUAUCCAAUAUCACCAAGAAUAUUUGCAUGUCCACAGUGUGGGGAAGUUUUUCCUAAGCUUGAAACCUUGGAGAUUCAUCAAGCAGUUCGUCAUGCCGUGUCGGAGUUAGGGCAAGAGGAUUCAGGAAGAAACAUAGUGGACAUCAUCUUCAAAUCUAGCUGGUUACGAAAGGACGGUCCACUCUACAAGAUCGAACGUAUAUUAAAAGUCCACAACACUCAGCGCACGAUCCAACGGUUUGAAGACUGUCGCGACGCAGUCAAGUCCCAUGCACAUGCCUCCACCAGAAAAGAGCCUCGAUCAGCCGCCGACGGCAACGAGCUCCUCCGUUUCCACUGCACCACCGUUUCUUGCUCCCUCGGCUCCCGUGGUUCGACCUCCCUCUGCUCCAACAUCCCUGGCUGCCGCGUCUGCACCAUUAUCCGCCACGGCUUCCACGCCAAAACGCUGCGUUUAGGUAGUGGGUCCAAUGAGAUUAAGGGUGUGAGGACCACGGCGAGCAGCGGAAGAGCACAUGAUGCAUUGAGGUGCUUUGACCAGCGGAGGGCCAUGCUUGUCUGCCGUGUGAUUGCCGGAAGAGUGAGGCGGGGGCAGAGCGACGCACCUGAAGAUGAAAAUGAUUCUUGCUCGUAUGAUUCUGUUGCGGGUGCUGCUGGGAUCUACACAAACGUAGACGACUUGGCUGUGUUAAAUCCCAAAGCCAUACUUCCUUGCUUUGUAGUAAUCUACAAAGUUUCUGAGCCUUAAAAAAAAGAUACUUUUAAACGAUUUGGAUUUGAAAGUUUUUUGUAAACUAUGAAGUAACGGGUUGUAGUAUUUAGGGAUAAUAGCUUAUUAAUUGUCUAAAAUUAUGGCCUAGUCAAGAGUGAAAGACUAGCGUCUCUUUUUCUUUUCAUUCUGUCAUUUCCAUUUUGUCAUACAUUAGUUGUUUCUUAAAAGAUUAUCACAAUUACCUUGUUGAUCAAA